AUGUCUCAACAGCCGGCUGAAUUGAAGAAGAAACCAAUCUCGUUCUCUAACAUCCUGUUGGGAGCGGGCCUUAACUUGUGCGAGGUGACCACGCUAGGUCAGCCGUUGGAGGUUGUCAAGACCACCAUGGCAGCUCACAGAGACUUUACAUUUUUCAAUGCUGUGAAACACGUUUGGUCGCGUGGAGGCAUCUUUGGAUUCUACCAAGGGUUGAUACCAUGGGCAUGGAUCGAGGCAUCAACUAAAGGAGCAGUGUUGUUGUUUGUGUCAGCUGAAGCCGAAUACCGCUUUAAAGUACUUGGGUUGAACAAUUUCGCCGCUGGUAUCAUGGGUGGUGUCACCGGUGGUGUCGCCCAGGCAUACUUGACCAUGGGAUUCUGUACCUGUAUGAAGACCGUCGAGAUAACUAAGAACAAGGCCUCAGCUGGCGGUGUGCCUCAGUCAUCCUGGGGGGCGUUUAAGGACAUCUAUCGUAAGGAAGGUAUCAGAGGCAUUAACAAAGGUGUCAAUGCCGUUGCAAUUAGACAGAUGACCAACUGGGGCUCGCGCUUUGGGUUGUCUAGAUUAGUGGAAGAAUUCAUCAGGAAGAUGACCGGUAAGACCAACCCCGAUGACAGACUGAGUGCGCUGGAGAAGAUCAUGGCUUCUGCCAUCGGUGGUGGGUUGAGUGCCUGGAACCAACCUAUCGAAGUCAUCAGGGUUGAGAUGCAGUCCAAGAAGGAAGAUCCAAACAGACCGAAGAAUCUAACGGUGGGCAAGGCUUUCAGAUACAUAUACCAAAGCAACGGUGUUAAGGGCCUGUACCGUGGUGUCACUCCAAGAAUCGGCUUAGGUGUUUGGCAAACUGUGUUCAUGGUUGGAUUCGGUGACAUGGCAAGAGAGUUUGUCGGUAAAUUGACCGGCGAAAAGCCAGCUGCCAAGCACUGA